AAUGGCCAACCUACCAGCGCAAAUACCGGUAAUACCGAUCUCCUUAUAUCAUGGAAGAUCCAUCAUCAAAUGAUGGAGUUUCAGGAUCCACGCGGAACAAGCUAGGUAGGGUGUGCGACUUACUAGAUGCUGACACUAAAAGGUAGAUAUCUAUGUGAUGGUGUAAGGCCUAAACAAAAUAAUUCCACAGUCGUCCUCUACAACUUGACUUUGAGUGCUAGAUCAUGGGCUUGAGUGCACGGGAUAUUGCAUUUAUCACUGCCCUUUGUGGUGUCACAACUCUGAAUGUUUUCCUCCUCGGCGCUGUCACAAUUGCGCUUCCCACUAUUGGAAGAGACCUUAAUUUCCAAGAGGGUAACCUUUACUGGCCGAUUAAUGUGAAUUCUUUGACAUUCGGCGGUUUGAUUUUAUUCUGUGGAAGACUGGGGGACAUAUUUGGAGGCCGCUUCAUGUUCCUAGUCGGGUCUCUAUGGUUCGCGAUUUGGAGUCUUGCAACGGCCUUCGUUCCAAGUUCAAAUGUUUUCAUCGUAUAUAUGGCGCUCUUGGGAAUGGGAUCGGCUGCCAACACUCCCGCUGCGAUUGGAUUAUGUUCGUCAUACUUCCCACCAGGAGCCAAUAGGAACAAAGCCUUCAGUGCACUAGGCGUUGGAUCACCAGUGGGAUUUAUUUUGGGCCUUAUUACUAGCGGUCUUUUGACUGAAAGUCGUGCCACAUGGCGUUCAUUGUUCUACAUUCAAGCAGGCCUUGCUGUUUUUUUCGUUUGUCUUGCUCUCUUGGUAUUUCCAAAAGAUCACUCAAAUCGGCGUUAUGACAAAGGUUUAGACUGGGGUGGCGCUGUGCUAAGCACAACUGGCCUUGGCCUUCUGACAUUCAGUCUCUCUGACUCCACAACUGCUCAAAAGGGUUGGUUGGCUCCCCAGGUACUUAGCCUAUUCCUCGUGUCCAUCGUUUUUCUGGUCGCAUUCAUCUUCUUCGAGCACUGGAGGGAAUCAAAAAACAUGUCUGUUCUCAUGCCUCUGAGUAUAUGGAGGCAGCCUGGAGCAAAAUUGGGUCCCCUCGUUGGCGUAGUAUUUUUUGGUUGGUUCAGCUUCGAUACUCUGAGCUAUUUCUUCACACUAUACUUCCAACAGGUACAAUUGCUGAAUUCAUUGCAAACCUCUCUUCGGUUCAUACCCAUGGCUAUCGCUGGAGCACUUCCUAGCAUCGCAGCGGGAUAUUAUGUCGCCCGGAUCCCUGCACAGAUCUUGAUGUUGAUCGGUUUGCUCGUCAGCUUAGCGUCAAGCGUGAUCUUCGCCUUGAUAAACCCUGAUCUCAGCUUCUGGUCUAUGGCAUUUUUUAUGAUGAUUACCAUUGCUGGGGUAGAUAUCGUAUAUUCAAUAGGGAACCAGCAAAUUACUGUAUCGCUCGAUGAAGACUCGCAAUCCCUCGCAGGUAGCAUUUUCAGCGUUUCUACAAGACUUGCUACAGCACUCGGACUCGCAGUCACGUCUGAAAUCGCGGAUUCCGUGUCCAAAGCAUACAACAACAAGCAUCCGGAACUUGAUGCCCAGUCGCCAGAAGUCUUGAUGGUCGGUUUCCGAGCAGCUGGGUGGACUUGUUUUGCAUCGACACUUUUGAGCAUGGUCAUCGUUAUCGUUGGGUUGAGAGACCUGGGUAUCAUCGGCAAGAAAACACGCUCAAGCGAGGACGCAGAAAAAUCAGACGAUGACAAUUCAAAUUCGGGCCAAAGUGACCUGAAGUCGCUCAAGUGA